UCUGAAAAUUUAAACCAGAAUCAUAUUGGAUUGUUCUAGUACAUCUAGUACAUUUAACGCAUUGGAUCCAAAAUAUUUCUUUUGAUAUGCAACGCAACGCACCAUCAGUCAUUGUAGAGUGGAGUCCCGCCAUAUUUUCAGUCGUAAGAUUCAUUGAAAAGCACAUAACGCAGCACAAUGGUCGGUCGCAAGAAGCGUAAAGACGAAGCUAGUAGUAGCAGUGACAGUGACGAUGAAGUCCUGUCGAAAAUUAAGAAGACGAACGUCAGCAAGAAGAAUGGGGGCAGAUCGAACAAUAAGCGGUCAUCUGUCAAAACUAAAGCCAGAGCCAAUAAGACAUCUGACGAAGAGUCAGAUUCCGAGCAGGCUAAUGAUUCGGAAUCGCAGGACGAAAUUGAAAAGUCGAAGCAGAAAAAUGGAAAAAGAGAGAGCGGACGCUCCAUAAAAAGUUCGGUGAAACCAGUUAAUCGACCGAAACGGAAUGCAGAGACCACUAAAGAGACCAGCAAAAAACGACCUGAAACCGAUGAGGAUGAAUCAUCCGAAGAGUCUUCGCAAGAAAACAAUCGAUCAAAUGUAAGCGAAAAAGCUGGUCGGAACGAAUCGCAGACGAAGCGAUCACCGGAGAAACGUGAAACGAAGCCGACAAAAGUGUCAGCCAAGAAAGAGAAGGAAGAAGAGGAAUAUGAGGUUGAAGAGAUCAUUGACUACAAAAUCGAAGACAAGACGAAAUUUUUCUUGGUUCGAUGGAAAGGAUACGACUCUGGCUCCGACAGUUGGGUGUCCCGAAGAGAUCUGCACUGUACGGGACUCAUUGCACAAUUCUACGAGAAGCGUCCCGAGGCCAGCUUCUCCACACAUAAACGUCGAAAGAAACGAGAUUUAUUCCCAGGCCAGAAAAGACAAAAGAAACCAGUCCAACCGGUACAGAGACAACUCAAAAUCGAUGAGCAGCCCGACUACGAUUCAGAAGCUUUCGACGAAAAUCAAGAAUGGAAAGUGGAAAAAAUUAUCGACGUUCGGUAUCACCGCGACAAAAAGCGAGACUUUCUCAUUCGCUGGGAAGGUUUCUCAUGGAGAUCCGAUUCGUGGGAACCGGAAGAAAAUCUCGACUGCAAAGAGCUCAUCAAGAAGUUUACGGCCAAAUUGGAACUGAUUGCCAACGCAACAGUCAAAGACUUACGACCGGUUCGUAAGCAAACACAGCGCUACACACUGAUGGAUGUAACCAAAGGUCGUCGGCUGUCGAAACGUUUCGAUGGACGCCAGCGAGCUUCCUACUACGACUGCGAUGAAUAAAAAACAAGUUUUUGGAAUCAUCGUUCCCGCACAAGCCAUUAAAAUGAAUUAAAUCUUUCCUUUGGUAAUGUAAAACAUUUUGAUUCAUUUGGGAUCAAUAGUUGACUGUAGUCGCAUGAAAUUUGGAAUAAUAAAAAGUAAGGAACUG